CCUCUCCAAUCUUCUAACAGAACUACUAACGAACAUCGUCUCGCGAGUCUAUCGUGCGCCGCUCUCUCCCCGCCCCCCCGGCCAAGAGCCGGACCGACAUGUCCGACCGGAGCAAGCCCCGAAAGCAGCCGAAACCCCUCUCCCCCUCCCUCGCUUCCUCUCCCCCCACCCCCAAAACCCUAACCCCAUCCCGAAUGGCCCGCCGCUCCCUCCUCAAGCCCUUCCUGGCCUCCGCCCUCUCCCUCCUCGCCCUCUACUCCCUCCUCCACGCCUCCCCUUCCCCCAAUCCCCUCUCCUUCUCCUCCUACUCCUCCUCCUCCGCCACUGUGCCCCGCCCUCCCGUCCCCAACAUCUAUGUCUACGACCUUCCCCGCAAGUUCACCUACGGCGUCAUCCGCAGCUACCUCCUUGCCCGCGACCCCGGCGCCACCCCGCCCCCCGACGACAACCCCCACUACCCCGGUCACCAGCACUCCGCUGAGUGGUACCUUUUCUCCGACCUCCUCCGGCCCGACCGCCGCCCCGACUCCCCCGUCCGCCGCGUCUCUGACCCCGCCGACGCCGACCUCUUCUACGUCCCCUUCUUCUCCUCCCUCAGCCUCAUCGUCAACCCGAUCCGCCCCGCCAACGCUGGCGCCGCGCCGGAGAGGGCCUACAGCGACGAGGCGAUGCAGGAGGAGCUCAUGGAGUGGCUCGAGGGGCAGGAGUAUUGGAGGAGGAAUAGGGGGAGGGACCAUGUGUUCAUUUGCCAGGAUCCGAAUGCUCUUUAUAGAGUGAUCGAUCGCGUGAGGAAUGCCGUCCUCCUCGUCUCGGAUUUCGGCCGCUUGAGGGGGGAUCAAGCGUCGCUUGUCAAAGAUGUGAUCUUGCCAUACUCACAUCGCAUCAAUCCGUAUAAAGGUGACAUCGGCAUCGAGGGCCGGCACUCGCUGCUCUUCUUCAUGGGCAACCGCUAUCGCAAGGAGGGUGGGAAGGUUCGUGAUACUCUCUUCCAGAUACUUGAGCAUGAGAAGGAUGUUGUCAUCAAACAUGGUACACAGUCCAGGGAGAGCCGGCGCAUGGCAACACAAGGAAUGCAUUCAUCCAAGUUCUGCCUGCAUCCUGCCGGAGAUACUCCCUCAGCUUGCAGGUUAUUUGAUGCAAUUGUGAGUUUGUGUGUUCCGGUGAUAGUCAGUGACUACAUUGAGUUACCCUUUGAAGAUGUCAUAGACUACAAAAAAAUUGCAAUGUUUGUGGAUACACGAAGUGCUGUAAAGCCAGGAUACUUAACUAAAAUGCUUAGAAAAGUAAGCAAAGACAAGAUUCUGCAGUAUCAGCAAGAGCUUAAAAUGGUGAAACGGUACUUUGAAUAUGAAGAUCCAGAUGGAACAGUGAAUGAGAUAUGGCGCCAAGUUUCUUCAAAGCUCCCCCUGAUAAAAUUGAUGAUCAACCGUGACAAACGUCUUGUCAAGAGAGGUCCACAUGAUCUUGACUGCUCCUGCAUAUGUUCAAGACAAAAUGGAACUAUCAUUUCUAGGUGAUGAAGGGGCCCAAGCCUUACUGCUAUGCUAAAGCUAGAAUUGUAUUGGAAGAUCAAGCCUUUCCUGGAGAUUCAGAGCAGCAUGGCUUAGGUCUUACCACUUGUGCUUAUCCAUUUUUGUAUAGCUGAGGCAGUUCUUUCAUCAUCAUGAUGAUGCCUUGCACCUGUCUAGUGCAAUAUAGCUUUAAUUUCCAAUGUAGUGUGAAAGGAUAAUCUUCAUGAAAAUAGAGAAAUUUUGAAUUUUAGCUUUCAUUUGAAAGCCAUCUUUGGCUA